ACUUGUUACCGAGGGAUGGCUGACUGUUUUUGCGAUUAAAAUAAUGGUUUCUGACUGUUAUUGACAUGUUUUUUUUCCCGUGGGACUUUGAAGUUCAAUUUAUGUAAACAUAUAAUGUUAACAGUAUGUUGGUGCGAUGUUAUCUGCGUUAAAACGGAUCACAGAGGUUUCAAAGCGGGUUUAAUUGGCGCUAGUAGUGCGCGCGACUUUUCAAAAGACGGCGAUCUUAUGUUUCUUUUCUAAGCGGACGACCAACGAGAGCCACCUAAUAGAUCUUCCGACGCGAAGUGCUCAACGGUCCAUCGACACGACCAAUUUUUGACUUCGGCCGAGUUGUGUCAUGGCAAAGGACGCUAAACUGGCUACUUUGGGGCUAGUUAGCUAGCUACGCUCCCCUGUAAACAAUGUGGUCUGCAUUUAACGGAAGUCAUUUUUAAGGUAGAAUACUUGGGUCAAAUCUAUUCGAGGGGGUGCCAAAAGUUUUCACAGUCAUGUCUAUCGAGUUUACCAGAGAUGAUUUCCGAAUUCAGCACGACGAGGAAGAAUGCGACGAGGAUGACCAUGAAAGAGAGCAAGAGCUCAAAAGGCGCAUGGAUGAAAUGUCAGAUGACUUGCUUGAGGAUGACGAAUACAUUUCCUCCGCAGAAGAGGAAUCCUCCAUCUGCAGCAAUAAAAGUACCGGAACCAGCCCACAGUCCAAAUGGACUCGUCAGCAGUCGAAAGACCCCAGGCCACCUUCCAAUGAGCAGAGCUAUGAAGCAGACUACAAUCAACAAUCUCGUGGUUUUGCUUCUGAGGAUGGAGGAGUUCAGAUCAAUGGUCACCAGCGUCCUGCUCAGCCUCCCCCUCCGGAUCGUAUUUGGAACCAGCAGUCACAAGAUUGGCAGUUCACCCAGUCUGGAGCAGUGGAGCGACAUGUGGAAGACUACACAGCCCGCUACAAUCCUCAUGUUCCUCCGCGUCAGAUGUUGAACUCGCAGACCACAGACCAAGAUGGUCCAUUUGAUCAACUACAGAGAGUAUUUCUCGACUCAACACAACAAACCGCUGAGAAGGAGCAGCUUGCCCAGCUGCAGAUCUUAAACAAGGCUCACCAAAGGCAAAUUGAGGACUUGGAGAAAAAGCUUGAGGAUUCAAAGCGUAAAAGCAGAUACCUUGAGCACCAGCUUGCAGUUCUCAAAGAUGAGAAAAAUGGCUAUGCUGCGAGUCUUAAAGAGUCAAGUCGCCACCACGAAGAAGCCAAAGAGCGUGCAGUUAAAUUGCAAAGCAAAGUGAAGGCGCUGGAGGAGCAAAUCCAGACCUUAAUUGCGAGAGACCAGGAGAACACAAAGAAGCAGAGGGUGGCCGAGGCCGCUGUUGACAGUAUGAAGCAGCAGAUGUUGGAGCUGUGUCAUUCAGACACUCUGACCAAAGCACGAGAGCAGCACGACAGAGAUGUCACUGUCAUUAAGGAGCAGCACGAGGCCGCACUGUUAGUCUUACAGGAGCAGCUUGACGCGCGAUCUCAAGCUCUGGAUGAACAGAUGGAUACUAGUCGUAGGUUCCGUGAGCAGGUAAAACAGUUGGAGCGGCAAAGAGAAGAAGAGCAACUAGACCGAGGCAGAGUGGUAAAUGCACUCACUCAGCGUCUUGAGGAAAGUCAGCAACAAUGUGCCAAGCUGCUGGAAACGAGUUCUGUGCAGGAAAUGAGCAAAAUCCAGAUCCAACUACAACAGGCUCAAGCAGCCAAGGUUCUAAAUGAAGAUAUGAACAGAGUCUUACAGGAGGAUCUUGCCGACUUGAAGGAGCAGAUUAUGCUAUAUGAAUCUGCUUUAAAGCACGGCGUUAUUGCACUGGACAUGAAUGGUGACUGUGAGAACCAACUGUCUGAAUCCUAUUUGUCAUUAGGCUUGAAGAAAACCACCUUUAAAAAUGGUUCUCUCCACAGCAUGGCCUUGGCCAACCUGUCUGACUCAAAGCUGCCAGAGGAUGAAACUUUGCGACAGCUAAAAGUGGAGCUGCAGCGUUGCUUGGGGUGUUUAAAGGCAAAGCGGCAGAAGUUCAGUCGUUUGCAGGAGGAACUGCAACUGAGUCGGGCCCAAGUGACCGAGCUGCAUACCCAACUAGAUGAAGCAAAGCUCAGCUUAUCGGUAAGAAAGUCCAGCCAGCUAAAACAUCCGAACUGUCCUGCAGAGGACCAGAAUGAGUUAGUGAAACUAAAGGAAGACAAAAAAUGCUUGCAAGCUCAAGUGGAGGCGCAAGAAAAUAAAAUAAUAGCGCUGCAGCAAAGUGAGGAGAAAGUCCGAUCUGCUAACUUGGAGGUCCGCGUCCAAAUGGAAGCCAUGAUCAAGGAGUUUGACCAAGAGAGGAAGGAGGCUGUGGAGCGAUCUGAGCGGAUUCAUCAGCAGCAUUGGGAUGAUGUGGUGAACAGAGUCAGGACAGAGCUGACCUUGGAACACAAAGCUCAGGUUGAAUAUUUGACUGCACAACACGAGCAACACACCCGGCAACUAAACACUCAGCUGUCUGAAGCAAAUGACAAGCUGUUGGAUGUGCAAGAUUGUUACAUCGCUCUCUGCAAGGAAAAGGACCUGCUGGAGGAAAAAGUCCAAAAUAGAGAGAGGGAAGAUGCACUGAGGAGAGGAAAUGAGAAAAGAGAGGAAAGUAGCACCAAUAUAGAGAAAUUAAAGGCUGAAAUGGAGGCACAACAUCAGGCCUCUAUAACCCAACUGAAGGUUUUCUGGUCCAAGGAGAAGGAGGCUGAGAUCCAGCAGCAGGUGAACUCUCAAGUAGCUUUGGCCAAGGCUGCUUGGGAUGAAGAGCACCAUCGGAAGGAGAUGAUCUGGACACGGAGGUUGGAGGAAGCCAGGCGAGAAAAACAAUCAGAGACCACUGACAGAAUGUGCCAGACAGAGGAGGUGGGGGUUAGCGGCUUGACGAUUACUGUUGAGGAUUUGAACUCCAGGCUCUGUGCCCAGAGACAGCAGCUCCAAGUGGAAGCUGAAAAAGUCAAACAUCAAGCAGUAGAAGAAGCCAAGAAACAAGUCCAGAAAGAGACUCACGACAAACAUCUAGAGGACUUGGCAAGUCAGGUUGAAGGGGCAGUGACCAGGGCCUAUAACCGCUGGAUUGAGGAUUUGACUUCAUUACCGGAAUACCAGGCCUCUCUGCAAACAGAGAAGGAGAACUGGGAAGAGCUACAGAAAGAACACAUGGAACAAAAGGUAACCCAGGCUCUGAGGGCAGCAGAGGAGCAGUGGCAAAAGCAGCAAAAAGAACAGAAACAUGGUCAAAUCUCUGGGACGGCUGAGGAGCUCCAAGAGAAGUUGGUGACGCUUCAGUGUCAAUUGGAGCAGUUAAGGAGGGAGCAAGCUGCUCUACUGAAAGCUGAACUAGGUGGAGCGAGAGCAGCCUGGAAAAGAGAGAAGCAGCAAGAGAUCUCUGUUGUUCAAAGUCGCAGUGACCAAAUGUACCAAAGCAAACUCCAGGAGCAGCAUAAGAAGCUGGAGUUGGCUUUGCUGCAGGCCAGAGAGGAGACUGAUCUCCAAAAAAAGGAGGUGCUCCUGCAAAUGGAGGCCAAGCUCAAGAAGACCAUCCGGGCUAAAGAGGACGAGUGGAGAUUUCAGCAAGCUGAGAAGGAACACGCCCUCAGACGACAGCUGCGAGAGGAUUUCCUUGCGGAACUUCAAACUGGCCUGGCGGAGGUCCAGACGCAUCUACUCGGGAGUUCCUGGACUGUUCAGCAGAGUGUUGAAGAGAGUGAGAGAAGCCAAAUGUCAGAAGGCGACAUAACGCACAUGAUUCAAAGUUGCUGCAUAGAAAUCGUUGAGAAAGCCGUGUCCCAGGCCAAGAAGGAUUGGAAGAAGAUAAGUGAGGCUCAGCUGAGCUGUGUGUUACGAGAAACACAAGAGCAACAUGAAAGAGAAAUUGACAAGAUGCAAAACUCUUUGGCACAAAUGGCAGGGCAGGCCUGCAGCAGGAAGGAGUGCGCAGACACUACCAGUAAGAUGCAGAAGAAAAACCAGGAGCUGCAGAAGCACUUGGAGAAGGCUUGCCGUCAGUUCCAGCACAGUGUCCGGGAACACAAGACGACCAUGCAAAAACUCAAAGAUGAACAUGAGAGCAGAUUACAAAAGGCAAAGGAGGAACAUCUGCUACAACUGGAGGAAGUGAAGCUACGCAAUGAAGCUGCUGGGACUUUAAACCAUCAACAAAAUCUCAAAGAAGGCUUGGAAGAGAUGAAGCAGCAAUACUUAAUGACUGUUGAAGAAAUCAAAGGAAACAUUUUGCGCUACGUCCGGGAAAGCCACGAGCGAGCAGCUGAGAUGAUCCGCACCGAGGUACGACGGGAGAGGCAGGACACUGCCCGUAAAAUGCGACACUAUUACCUGACCUGCCUGCAGGAAUUGCUGGAGGACAGCGGGAAGACGACGGGUGCCGAAAAGAAAAUAAUGAAUGCCGCCAGCAAGUUAGCAGCCAUGGCGAAAGUACUGGAGACCCCCGUGAAAAAUAAAUCUGGAACGAAUCGCAGCUUACCAACUUGCAUGACAGUUGUGUCCACCACUGGCCACAAUUUAGCGAGUGUAACAGAUUUUUCGAACCCAUCGAUUCUUGACAGAAUGGGGGAUAGAACCCAGAGGGAGAAGAUGUUGGAUAUGGAGCGCAAAACGACUCUUGUGCAGACUAAACAUGCGAACAAUCAGGACGUAGAGACCUGUGAGUCCUCAGCAGAUGCACAAGUCUGCCCUCAUAAAGUGGCUCCUUUGAGGAACAAGACCAGGGAAGUGUACCUGCAGGGAGGACAACCAGACAACCACUUCCAUGGCGACCCGCCAAACAAACCCUCUCUCACGCAGGAGGUUCCGGUCAGGGAUGCUAAACUUACUCGCUGGUACCUGUCCAGCAGCGAAUCAGAUGACGUCCAGAUCCCUCGACUGCCCUAUUCAGAAAGGAAAGCAGAGUUGGCAAAGGCGUUUUGUGACUUGACUGAGUUUGCUUGUCUCACCCCGGAUGCGUCUGACUUGACCGUUUAUAAUGAUAUCGCCCAGGAGACUAAGACCCAGAUGCAAACUUUGGCCACCAAAGCGAAGGUGAGCACGCACAGAGAACCCACACCGGGUUCAGAGGGGGAAAAACAGCGUGGCGUGUGUACUGGGCUUCUGUUCUCCGAGUUGAGACAACAGCAGGACAGCGGCUUUGACAGCCCGUUUAACAACCAAAAUGAGGGAUAAACAAUUUGACCGACUUGGGCUUGGUUUCAUGGUGUACAAAAGAGUUCAGGUUCAACAUUUCACUCAAAUUCAAAUCCAUUAUUUUUAGAAAGAUGGUUUUCAUCCUCAGGUGUCUCCAUGCUUGUGUGUAAAUGUUUCUAUAUUUCAAAAUUUGCAGGUCAACAUUCAGUCAUUAUGUAUUUAAUAUCUUAUUCAGUAGAAGAAAAGCAAUGCUUUCUGUUCGACUAUUUUUCUAAUUACCAUGUUGUGCCUUUUCUAGAAGAUAUCGAUUUGUGUUCUAUUUUAGUCUUGUCUAUUUUAUUUUAAUAAAUGAUUUUAUGCCAA